AUGGAUGCCACUAUUAGGGGAACGUCUAGCGUUCAAUACCAUAACAUUCCCGAGCAAACAAUUACUGCUCUUGUCACCUCUCCCAUAGCAACAUUUCAGAGGCAGCAACGGCAUUGCUUUGGAAAUGCUAGCCCGGGGGAAUUCCCAUUAUCUGCUAAUCCUUCUAUUGUUCUUCAUGUCCUUACUGCAUGUAAUUUGGAUCCGCAGGAUCUUGCAAAACUCGAGAUAACAUGCUUGUUCUUUAGACAGCCUGCGCACUUUGCCCCCGAAUACGAGCUCUCAUUAUCAGAACUUGCUGCUCUUGAUAUGUGCCGGAUGAGAGCCAUAUUUAAGCCAAUGACUGAUGAACAAAGGCAAGAAUUGAAGCAAAUGUGCGGGGGCUCGUGGAAACUUGUCUUAAGAUUCCUGAUGGCUGGAGAAGCAUGUACCAGGAGGGAAAAGUCGCAGGCAAUAGCCGGUCCAGGUCACAGUAUUGCUGUGACUGCUAAAGGAGCUGUGUACUCUUUCGGCUCUAACAACACUGGACAGCUUGGACAUGGAACCACGGAUGAGGAGUCACGGCCUCGCUUAAUUAGAUCUCUGCAAGGCAUUCAUAUCAUUCAAGCAUCAGCAGGGGCUGGCCGAACAAUGCUGAUAAGUGAUAUGGGAAAGGUCUAUGCCUUUGGGAAAAAUUCCUUUGGGGAUGCCGAAUUUGGGCCUCUAGGAAAUAAAUUAGUAACUACACCUCAGCUAGUUGAAUCUUUAAAAGACAUUUUCAUUGUGCAAGCUGCUAUUGGAAAUUUCUUCACGGCUGUAUUAUCGAGAGAAGGCAGGGUUUACACAUUUUCUUGGGGAAAUGAAAACAAACUUGGCCAUCAAACUGAAGCGAAUGAUCUCGAACCACGUCCACUGUUGGGGCCGCUUGAAAAUAUACCAGUAGUUCAAAUUGCUGCUGGAUAUUGCUACCUCCUUGCUUUGGCUUGUCAACCUAGUGGCAUGUCAGUAUACUCUGUUGGUUGUGGAUUGGGUGGAAAACUUGGGCAUGCCGGUGCUUGGCAUGCUGCAGUCGUGGGAAAGGAUGGACGGGUUUGCACCUGGGGCUGGGGGCGUUAUGGAUGCUUGGGCCAUGGGAAUGAAGAAUCGGAAUCCAUUCCGAAGGUGGUUGAAGCACUAAGCAAUGUCAAAGCUGUCCAUGUUGCUACGGGGGAUUACACGACUUUUGUGGUUUCAGACAAUGGCGAUGUGUAUUCCUUUGGGUGUGGGGAAUCUUCCAGUCUUGGACAUAACACUGUGGCUGAAGAUGAACAGGAAAAUAGGCAAGUAAAUGUCUUAAGCCCCGAGCUCGUAACGUCACUAAAGCAAGUGAAUGAAAGGGUUGUUCAAAUAAGCCUCACGAAUUCCAUAUACUGGAACGCCCACACUUUUGCGCUCACAGAAUCCGGUAAGCUAUAUGCAUUUGGUGCUGGUGACAAAGGACAGCUAGGCGUCGAGCUUGUUGAAAAUCAGAUCGAACGGCCAAACCCUGAAAGGGUCGAGAUUGAUCUCAGUUAA